AAGGAGGAGCUUCCAGAAUGAAGGGCGCCCUCACUCCUCCCUGCCUUUGCUCAAGCGGUUCCUUCACCCCGAUCAAGUUCCUUCCCAUUUCUCCAUCUGUGGGGAUCCUGAAUGUGCACCUCCUCAGAGAAGCCCUCCUGGACCCAUCUUUCCCCGCCCAAGCCAGCCCACCCCGCCCACUCCCUGCCCAGUCCAAACUCCAAGGCUGGGCAAGGCACUGAUCCACGGCUGGACCGACCCGGGGGCAGCCUCUGGGUGAAAAGCAGCGUGUCCGCCGGCAGCGAACCAAGGCCAGCGAGCCGACCAUGCGGCUGCACAGACUUCGCGCAGUGGCCUGUGGUCUCCUGCUGCUUCUAGUCCACGGCCAGGGCCAGGACUCUGCCAGUCCCAUCCGGACCACACACACGGGGCAGGUGCUGGGGAGUCUUGUCCACGUGAAGGGCGCCAGUGCCAGGGUCCAAACCUUCCUGGGAAUUCCCUUUGCCAAGCCACCUCUAGGUCUGCUGCGAUUUGCACCUCCUGAGCCCCCUGAAUCUUGGAGUGGUGUGAGGGAUGGAACCACCCAUCCGGCCAUGUGUCUGCAGGACCUCACCGCAGUGGAGUCAGAGUUUUUUAGCCAGUUCAAUGUGACCAUCCCUUCUGUCCCCAUGUCCGAGGACUGCCUGUACCUCAGCAUCUACACGCCAGCCCAUAGCCAUGAAGGCUCUAACCUGCCGGUGAUGGUGUGGAUCCACGGUGGUGCGCUUGUUUUUGGCAUGGCUUCCAUGUAUGAUGGUUCCAUGCUGGCCGCCUUGGAGGACGUGGUGGUGGUCACCAUCCAGUACCGCCUGGGUGUCCUGGGCUUCUUCAGCACUGGAGACAAACAUGCAACCGGCAACUGGGGCUACCUGGACCAAGUGGCCGCACUACGCUGGGUCCGGCAGAAUAUCGCCCACUUUGGAGGCAAUCCUGACCGUGUCACCAUUUUUGGCGAGUCUGCAGGUGGCACGAGUGUGUCUUCACUUGUUGUGUCCCCUAUAUCCCAAGGACUCUUCCACGGAGCCAUCAUGGAGAGUGGCGUGGCCCUCCUGCCUGGCCUCAUUGCCAGCUCAGCUGAUGUCAUCUCCACAGUGGUGGCCAACCUGUCUGCCUGUGACCAAGUUGACUCUGAGGCCCUGGCGGGCUGUCUGCGGGGCAAGAGUAAAGAGGACAUUCUUGCAAUUAACAAGCCUUUCAAGAUGAUCCCCGGAGUGGUGGAUGGAGUCUUCCUGCCCAGGCACCCCCAGGAGCUGCUGGCCUCUGCUGACUUCCAACCUGUCCCCUGCAUCGUUGGUGUCAACAGUGAUGAAUUCGGCUGGCUCAUCCCCAAGGUCAUGAGGAUCUAUGACACCCAGAAGGAAAUGGACAGAGAGGCCUCCCAGGCUGCUCUGCAGGAAAUGUUAACGCUGAUGAUGUUGCCUCCUACAUUUGGUGACCUGCUGAUGGAGGAGUACAUUGGGGACAAUGGGGAUCCCCAGACCCUCCAAGCCCAGUUCCAGGAGAUGAUGGCGGACUCCAUGUUCGUGAUCCCCGCACUCCAAGUAGCACAUUUUCAGCGUUCCCGGGCCCCUGUGUACUUCUACGAGUUCCAGCAUCAGCCGAGCUGGGUCAAGAACAUCAGGCCGCUGCAUGUGAAGGCAGACCAUGGUGAUGAACUUCCUUUUGUUUUUGGAACUUUCUUCUGGGGCAACUUCGUUAAAUUCACUGAGGAAGAGGAACGGCUAAGCAGGAAGAUGAUGAAGUACUGGGCCAACUUUGCACGAAACAGGAACCCCAAUGGCAAGGGUCUGCCACACUGGCCGCUGUUCGACCAGGAGGAGCAAUACCUGCAGCUGAACCUACAGCCUGUGGUGGGCCGGGCUCUGAAGGCCCACAGGCUCCAGUUCUGGAAGAAGGCGCUGUCCCAGAAGAUCCAGGAGCUCAAGGAACCUGAAGAGAGACACACAGAGCUGUAGCUCCCUGUGCUGGGGAGGAGGGGGUCGGCUCGCUUACAGGUGAGGGUCAGCCUGCUGUGCCCACACACAGCCACUGAGGAGAAAGAAGUUGAUUCCUUCAUUCACUUAGCCAUUCAUUCAUUAUUCCGUCCAUCCAUUCAGCAAGCAUUUAUUAAGAACUUACUCAGGCAUGAGGGCUCAUACCUGAAAUCCCAGCUAUCGGGAAGGCCGAGAUGGGAGGAUGGCUUGAGGCCAGAGGUUUUAGCCCAGCCAGGGCAAUACAGUGAGACCCCUUCUCAAAAAAAGAAAGAGAGAGAGAGAAAGAGUGUGUGUUAGAAACUAAAUAGGAAAGUUUUGAGCUUCAAGUUAGUGACAAGUAAAAAAGAUUUUUAAAAAGCAAAGAAAACAAAAUAUAAGGAGAAAAAAAACAUGAGAAAAAUAAAAAUAAAAAGAGAAUAAUAGGCCAGGCACUGUGGCUCAUGCCUGUAAUGCCAGCACUUUUGGGAGGUCAAGGUGGGCAGACCAUCUGAGGACAGGAGUUUGAGACCAGCCUGGCCAACAUGGUGAAACCCCAUCUCUAUGAAAAAUAAAAAAAUUCGACGGGCACAGUUGUGAUGCACACCUGUAAUCCCAGCUACUCAGGAGGCUGAGGUAGGAGAAUCACUUGAACCUGGGAGGCAGAGGUUGCAGUGAGCUGAGAUUGUGCCACUGUACUCCACCCUGGGCAAUAAGAACGAGACUCCGUUUCCAAAAAAAAGAGAGAGAAUAGAAGAAGCUACUGCAUGAUGUUAGUUACCAAGCCUGCCAUGGGUCCUCUCUUGUUAGACACACUGGAUAGAUCCCCCCACUGAGCUGUGGAUGGGCAAACCCCAGUGGAAACCCACCCUCCCCAACACCCCACUGAGCCCUGGGCCCCCUCCUCCCUUCCUCACCUCCACCUUCUCCCUGCCUUCUCUCUUCUCUCCCCUGAGCCCCCAGAUCUUUCCCACUUUGAGGGAGGUGCUUUGAAGAAUGUUGCCCACACCUAACUGUCAGAAGCCUAUGUCCGUUCAUCCCUGAGAGAUCUGAAAAAAUAAAAAUAAAUUCUAAAAAUAAAA